AUGCCAUCCAUGCCGCGCUCACUUUUGACACUGCUGCUGGGGCUGGGGCUGGGGCUGGCACUCCUACCUACAACCUUGGCCCAAGACUCGACCGAGCAACUCAGCGAUGCCUUUCCUUCCGAAGGACCCGCCGGUCAAGACGUCAUCCUCUUUGUCUUUUUCGGCCUCAUCCUGGGUAUUCUGGCUCGCGCCUGUCAGCCGUACCUCCCCUUGCCCUACACUGUCAUCUUGCUCCUGGUGGGCAUGGCCUUUGCAGCUCUUGACACCUUGGGCUUGGGCAAACUCGAGGAUGCCUCAAACCUUGUCUCGGCCAUUGAGCCCGAGCUUUUGCUCAUCAUCUUCCUGCCCAUGCUCAUCUUUGAAUCGGCUUUCAACCUUGAAUGGUUCACUUUUAAGCAAGUCAUCUGGCCAGCCCUGGUCCUUGCAGUACCUGGCCUGCUCAUUUGCAUUGCGUUGACGGCUGUCGUCAUUCACGCCAUUGUCCUGCCGUCCUUUUCGUGGGAGGAGGCGUUUCUCCUCGCCACCUUGCUCAGCGCGACAGAUCCCGUCGCCGUGGUCGCGCUGCUGCGCGAACUGGGUGGCCCGAUCCAACUCGCCACCCUCAUCGAGUCAGAGUCUCUGCUGAAUGAUGGCACGGCCAUCGUCGCUUACAAGGUCUUCCUGCAGCUGGCCCGAGGUGAACAUCUCUCGGCGGGCGACAUUGUGGCCCAAGGCGCCCAGCUCUCUCUUGGUGGACCGGCGCUCGGUCUUUUGUGGGGCUUUGUUACCGUCUCGUGGAUGCGGCACGUCCUUGACGACGAGCUGAUCGAGGUCACUCUGACAUUUGCCUCUGCAUACCUUCUCUUCUACAUUGCCGAAGACGUUGUUCAAGUCUCAGACUUUGAAAAUAUCGAAGGCCGUGACUACGGCUACCUCUUUGUCCUCUGGAUCUUCCUCUACAUCAUUCGACUGGCCAUGUUGCUCAUGUGCACGCCAUUCCUCAUCAUGACGGGCUACAAGAGCAUCUCCUGGCGCGAAGUGCUCAUCACCUCACAUGGUGGCUUGCGUGGUGCCGUCUCCCUUGCGCUGGGCCUUGCCGUCUCCCUGGAUGAAGCCGAGGGAGAGCUUGGCUUGAGCGACACGGUUCGGGAGAAAACCUUGUUUUACGCCGGUGGUAUUGCCGUUCUCACCCUGCUCAUCAACGCGACAACAACACCCGUUCUUAUCAAUUGGCUCAAGCUGACCGAGGAGCCGGCGGGCCAGCGGCACGUCUUUGACAAGGCCACGGAAACACUGGCAAACUACACCGCCAGCUCUGCCGAUCUGCUCAGCCGCGAUAAGCUCUUUUCGAUGUGCAAUUGGGAUGAGGUGCUGAAGUUUGUCAUGCCUGAUGUCAAGUCUUCACGCAAAUUCUUUGAUCCUGAUGCAGCCUUUGAAGAAAUGGACCCGGAUAAAGUCAUGUCCCUCCGUCGGGCCGACUAUAAUGAAACGCCAACGUCGGCUGCCAUUCACGAAUUGGAUGACCCGGAAGAGGAGCUGCCCAAAGAAGCACCGCGUCUGGACGCAAACGGGUCGCAAAUGUCUGCAUCCAUGUCCUCUGCUGGCCAAGAGCAGGACGCAGACACACCGCCACGACCCGCUUCCACAGCGGCCCAGCGUCACCGCUUAACCCGUGAACUUGAGCUGACGCUGGAGGACACAGACGCCGACCACACCCAUGUCCCCAGCCAAGCAACUCCAUCUCAAGGCACCAACGGUAAGCCGCAAGAGUGGUUGGGUCCGGGCCCGGGUUUGACUGAGGUCUACGCUUUGUUUGCUUGGUUGCCAAGUCCCUCGUUUCACGUUGAUCACUGCAUGUUUGCCCCUGUACCCGGGGUGAUUGGCAACGGCCACACACCCAACCGUUCAGGCAAGAACGCGCGCCUGCGCCAUCGACAUCACAAUCACCAGCACGGGAAAAAGGGCCAUCACCACCACCAUGAACACCAUCAGCUACGCAACUUCUUUGGCCGUGAGCACUUGCAGGUCAGCUUUGAAACGGAGCAUCUGCAGACGGCCCGCCUCCUCUUUUUGGAAUCAUGCAAGUCUAUAUACUGGGAGUUUUUCGAGGCUGGCUUUUUGGACCGAAACAACGUGGCACUGCUGAUGCAAGCCACUGAAGCUGCCGAGGAGCGAAUCAAGAGCAAUCCACGCCAAGUCUUGUGUGACUGGUCAGACGAGCUGCAGAGCUUUGUCGCCGUUCCUGCCUACAUUUGCUGGAUCGACAACCUCAGCUUGCCAGGGCGAGCCGGCCAUUGGUGUCGUCGCUUCUCGCACUGGCUGGUUUCACAGCAUGCAAGCCAAACGGCCAACGUCAUUGAUGUCUACCUUGCCGCUCACCGCAAAGCAAAUGGAGAUUUGCAUGGCAUUUUGAACGACGUGCUGGACACGGCGGCGCAACGGGACAUGCUGGCAGCCGAGUCUGCAACCAACACGACCAAAGCCCGAAGCCAUUUGCGCAUGCUCAAUCAAAACGCCAUUUCAUCAGCUCGUUCCCGGACCGCAGCGUCCCUCCUGGUGACGCACCAGGAGCAUUGGAUUCAGGAGAAGUUCAAACGGGGCGUGCUCACCUCGCGAGAGCGCAAGCACCUGCUCAAAGCCAUUCGCAAGAAGCGCUCAAAGCUUUUGCAGCACUCUGUCUGCUUUCCCUAUCCAUCGCCCGAGGGUAUCCUGCGCUGGUCUCGCCUUUUUCAAGGCGCUUCCCCGGAAUGCAUGCGCGAAUUCUUAGAGGUGUGUGAGUCCAUCGAGCUCAAAGAUGGCCAGACGCUCAUUCAGCACGGCAAACCCGUGGAGUGCAUCUAUGUCAUUGUGCGCGGCUAUGCCCGCAUGGUCAUCAGCUCUGAACAGGUCGAUCACUUGGGCCCGGGCCGUGUUGUGGGGGCCAUCGAGGCGAUAUCUGGUGCCGACGGCUGCGUCAUGGUGCAGGCCAUGGGCAAGAGUGACCUGCAUGUUUUGAGCCUGCGCAUGACUGUCUUUAUUGAUUUGAUCAACAAAUGGACCAAGAUCAAGGAGAAUCUUUUUGAGAUUGCGGCUUUCCAUCUGGCGUACAAGAAUCGUCAGGAGCUUUUUCAAGAGCUGGCCUACGUGGUCCCGGCAGCGGAAAACAUUGCCAAGGCGCCCAUGGCUGUGCAAGAAAACAUUUGGCCCUUUAUCAAGGCCGGACAACCCGCCUACUUUGAAGCCGGGGAUGAACUACGGUUGGAGACGGCUGGCUUGAUGUUGCGAGGGAGACUGGUUCUGUUGCGGCCGUUUCACCGGAAGGAAAACAAGGAGCGACGUCAGCGCUACGUUUCUACGCCAGGCUCCAUCAGCGGCAGCCCAUCACUGGCUUCGAGCCUUAGCGCGGAUCACACACGCUUCACCCCAGCGGAAAUUUCACUGUCUGCCCUGGAUGAAGGCCAGCAUCGUUUGGCCGAGCAGCUUGAGCAAGUCUUCAGCACAGGUCCACAGCUUCAUGAAGAUUACAGCCAAGAGAUGCAGGGGCGAGCCUUGCAAAGGAACACGUCCGCCCCCGUGCAAAUGGACCGGGUUGGCUCGUUGCAGACCAUGUCGGCGUCGCUGUUGAUUGGUCCUCACGAGGUGGUGCCAGCGGGCAUUUACCGCGUACUGCCCACCGACGCCCCACCCGCGGCCCUCAUAUUUGUGCUGGGUCCUGUGGCCGUCAAGAAGCGGGACGAGUCAGACUGGAUUACCCGCGGGGCCGAGAAUGACUUGGACGAGGUUGACUUGCCAGCCCCCUUAAUUGACGACUUUGGUGCCGUCUCUGCCACGCCACCGUCGCUAAGCCGAACAGCGAGCCAGAUUCGACUGGGUGGCAGCUUUGGUCCACGCCGCAACCCUUCCUUUGUGGACCUGACCGGGCCUCGAUCUCAUGGCUCGCACCUCGAGCUGAUUGCUGAGGACACUUCACCCGUGAGCGCGGCCCAGACGAGCCACGUCGAGGCCGAUACGGAAGACAGCGAGACCGACAAUGUUGAUGACGAAGGUGGCCUCGUCUUGGGCCCCCGCACAGGCACCCGCGUCACUGACUCAAACUCUUCAGACAGCCGGAUCAACAUUUCGGUUUCAGAGGUUUAG